CACAGGUGGUGAGCUUUCGACCAGUUCUCUUUUUUUUUUUUUUUGUAGAAGUGUCUAUAAAUUUCUGGGAAAUAACAUUUCGAUCAAUUAUUCUCAUCUAUUUUGUCACUCUACUUUUCAUCAUCAUCAAUAUCAUCAUCAUCACACUCCCUCAGGUACAACAAUUUGGAAAUGGCUGGGUGUGGGUGUGGAGCUGCUGCACCUAAUGCAGAGUUGUUGGAAUUCCCAAAGACAGAUAAGAGAAGAUUUCUGCAUGUUGUGUACCGUGUUGGAGAUCUUGACCGCACAAUUAAGUUCUACACAGAAUGUUUCGGAAUGAAGCUGCUGAGGAAGCGGGAUGUUCCAGAGGAAAAAUACACAAACGCAUUUCUUGGGUUUGGCUCAGAGGAGUCCAACUUUGCCGUGGAACUAACAUACAACUAUGGAGUUGACCACUAUGAUAUCGGGACAGGUUUUGGACAUUUUGCAAUUGCUACUCCAGAUGUCUACAAAAUGGUUGAGGAUAUCCGAGCUAAGGGUGGUGUCAUCACUAGAGCACCUGGUCCAGUGAAAGGAGGAUCAACUGUGAUAGCUUUCGUGAAGGAUCCUACUGGUUACAUCUUUGAGCUGAUUCAGAGAUGCUCAACUCCUGAACCAUUGUGCCAAGUAAUGCUUCGUGUUGGUGAUCUAGAGCGCUCUAUCAAGUUCUACGAGAAGGCCCUGGGGAUGAAGGUGGUAAAGAAAACUGAUAGACCUGAACAAAAGUACUCCAUAGCUAUGAUGGGGUAUGCCCCUGAAGAGGAGACAACUGUUCUGGAGUUGACUUACAAUUACGGCGUGACUGAGUAUACUAAAGGAAAUGCUUAUGCACAGGUUGCUAUUAGUACUGAUGAUGUCUACAAAAGUGGUGAGGUUGUCAGCUUGGUUAAUCAAGAGCUUGGAGGAAAGAUUACUCGACAACCCGGUGCUGUUCCUGGACUCAACACUAAGAUCGUCUCUUUUCUCGACCCAGAUGGCUGGAAAACUGUUCUUGUUGACAAUGAAGAUUUUCUCAAGGAGUUGAAGUGACUGAAAUGAUGUCCAAGAAGUUCUACCUAUGGAUGACCCGACCCGGCUUUUGCAUAAAUAAAUGUCUCUCGUUUUAGCCAUGUCUCUGAUCGUUUAAGGGUAUUAUGUGUAUGAGAGUUCUAGUCUUUUCGUCAUUUGCCAAUAGGUUGAGCUUUAGUAUCGUAUAGACUACCAAAAUUUCGAGUAUUCGAGUAAUGUUUUCCUCUCUUUUUUUCUUAAUAUUUAGUACGGAGUUGACUCUCA